AUGACAUCAUCAAAUAAUAAUAAUAAUAAUAAUAAUAAUAAUAAUAAAUACUUUUAUAAUAUUAUAGAUGAUGAGUUAGGAUAUGCAAGAUUAUAUGGAUAUAUUGAUAGAGAGAAACAAAAAACUUUAUCACCAGCAUUAAUUGAAAAGUAUGAAAAAGAAGCAGAUAAAUAUUGGGAUAAAUUUUAUAGAAAGAAUAAUAGUAACUUUUUCAAAGAUCGUCAUUGGUUAGUUAGAGAAUUUCCAGAAUUUUUAAAAAACUCUGAUAAAGAAGUUUCAAAAGAGAAUCAAUUAUUAGCAUUUGAAAUUGGUUGUGGUGUUGGAAAUACAACUAUUCCCUUAUUGGAAUUAAAUGAUAAUUUACAUUUUGUAUCAUUUGAUUUCUCUGAACAUGCUGUAAAAUUAUUAAAUCAAUCGGUUAGUGAAAAUCCAAAAAUUAAUGGUAGAUGUAAAGGUUUUGUUUAUAAUGCAAUCGAUGGUCCUUCGGGUUUACCAGAUUAUAUCGAAAAUGAUCAAUUCGAUUUAAUUAUCAUUAUAUUCGUUUUAUCAGCAAUGGAUCCAAAAACUAUACCAUCUGUAGUUGAUAUGUGUUAUCGUACUUUAAAACCUGGUGGUAAAGUUUUAAUUAGAGAUUAUGCAAUUGAUGAUAUGGCUCAAUCAAGAUUUGAUAAUAAUAAUCCAGAUUUUGAUAAUAAUGAAGAAGAAGAUUUAGAUGAUAAUAAUAAUAAUAAUAAUAAUAAUAAUAAUAAUAAUAAUAAUAAUAAUAAUAAUAAUAAUAAUAAUAAUAAUAAUAAUAAUAAUAAUAAUACAAUUAAUGGUGGUAGUAAAAACAAAUUGGGUGAUAAUUUUCAUGUUAGAUUUGAUGGUACAAGAGCUUAUUAUUUUAGUUUAGAAGUUAUGGAAUCAUUGUAUAAAGAAAAAGGUUUUAAAACUGAACAAAAUCAUUAUAUAUUUAGACAAGUUUUAAAUAGAAAAGAUAAUUAUUUAAUGGAUAGAAAAUUUAUACAAUCAAAAUUUAUAAAAUAA